UUGGAGGUUUACUUGAGCCGCAAAAAUAAGAAAAACAGGAAGUUCUCACGUCGCGUUCGCCGUUUAGUAUCUCAGUUAUCGUUUUGUGAAAAGUCCCUCUGUUGCUCUCUACUUAUUGACAACGCGUCCAUCAACACGUGUGGUUCAGUCUUAGUGUUAGUUCCGUCUUUACGGUUGUCGAUGAGACGCUACGUGACUAGCUAGUUAACGUGACUGUAGGUUAUUUACAGAAGAUCCGCGAGUCCACGUUUCCCCGAUGGAGGUCACUCCUAAAGCAGCCAAAUUCAAACCGGUGUGUUAUUCACCUCUUCACUCAGCGGAGUCAAGCCCCGGUGAAUACAAAGAGGAGAAGCAUCACCAGCAGCUGAGCUCCUCACUGAAGGAGAGGCUGAAGAGAUCGAGGCGCUCCUUCACCUCGCCCUUCUUCUCUGUGGCCAAACGCCUUUGCGUCGACGACAAGGAGGAGGAUGGCCAACAAGUUUCAGCAGAGACGGUUAACAACCCUCCGCUGAGCACGCCCGAUGUCGAUGAAAACACAAAUGAGGAGAAACCAGGGAGUGAACGGUUUUCUGGACCCAUUCCCAAGUCAACACAGCCACCCUCUAAAGACUUUACGCAACAACGAGACCAGCUGAGGAAGGCGGUCAAAGACAAGAUGGAGACUCUGCGCAGGCUCAAGAUGGUUAAAAUGUACAGGAACAAGAAUGAUUUAACACAGCUCCAGACCUUGAUUGACAAGUGGAGGAGUUGUGCUCAGGCUGCACUGUAUGAGCUCCAGUCAGAUGUCAUCGUAGAAGGACAGAAGGCCAGCCUGUCGGAGGUCAUCGACCUCUUUGGUCUGGAGGACGGCAUUCUGCACUUUGACCGCACAGAAGAGGACUUCACUACCUAAAAAAAAAACCACGCUUUAAAACCAUCACAUGAGGGUUAACUGUUUUAUUUGUUGCUGCUAUUACACUCUGAUUCACAGCUAAAAUGUAAUGCUACGUUUAAUUGAUUGUGUUAUCUGUUGAAGAGAAGGCCUUGCUCAGUUGUAUUUCAGCUGAUCCAUUGAAGGAAAGUUCUUCAUCCUCAGACGCUCGACUUCGGCCCAGAGGAAAGCCAUUUCAUCCCCCUGCGCUCUGGCAAGGUCCUCCAAGUUCUUCCUGUAAAGGAUUUCCUGGUAGCGCUCCUCUGUUUUAGCUGCCUGGUUUUCCUGUGAAGCUAAACACCAAACGGGUCACAUUGUGAGUCAGAAGAGGCUCUAAAAUCUCCCUUUGCAGCUGAACUUUGUUUCCUUACCUGAUGCGUCAUAGAUGUGUGUCCUCUCUGCCACAGUCACAGUCCUAUCAGGCAGCUGCUGUUCCACAGUGGCGUUCUUCUCAGCUUUCUCUGCUGCCUGCUUGUCCAGCUGUUCGAUGCUUUUGACGCGCUGCCCCACACUUCUUAAAUCAGCCUAAAAGGAGAACAUAAUAUGUAUAUUCAUUUAACUGUCAGUUAAUGGAAAGUACACAACGCCGACAUGAUUGAGGUCAAAUUGUUACUUUUUUUUUUUGUUACCUUUUCCUGAAAAGCUAUAGUUUUCUCCAGAAUGCAAACUUGCUUGAACACAUGUAUGUCUCGAUCUGUCUCUUUGAGAUCCUGGAAAGAAAGAAAAAAGGGAAUAACCGACUUGAAUAAAGCGACUGAAAAAGCAAAAA